CUGGAGAAGCAGAGGCUGUUCACCAAGGCUUUCCCGGAUAUCAGUAUUUCGGACAAAGUCGAGACGCGUAAGGCCAGCGACUCGUCUCAGAAAGCCCAUUUCAGCAGCUUGUACCUGGGUUCGAAGAUUUUCAUUUAUGGUCCGCAACUCAUGAGGCGGCAGAUAGUGCAACAUUUACAAGAACUGGAGGAAAUGAAAGCAGCCUACAGUCAGCAUCUGGUGAGAAUGCAGAAAGUAGAAGAGCAGAAGAAUGCACUGAGAUUGAAACCUAAAGACAUUGAGUUCCCAGGCUUGGGACUCAGCUAUUACUUCAAAAAUCAAAUAUAUUGCAGAGAGCAGCUUGAAGAAGAUCAAAAACUAGGGUCAGUUAGCAGACUGAGAUACCUGCUAAUGAAGGAGAAUGAUUCGAUUCAGCUGGACUCUUCAGUGGAAAUCGUUUACCUGACUAGUUCGAUAUGUAACUUCUGA